AUAUAAUUUUUUCAUUAAAUUUCUUUUUUUACUAUAGAGUUUGAAUCUCAGCAUUAUAUGUGAAACAACAUCGAAUCAUUCGAAUGACCGCUUCGCGAAUGUUUGCUAACUUCGAUCCGUUUGAAGUAAUUUUGACUACUUUUUGGGCAGUAUCCGUUUUAUCCGCGUAAAAACGAUUUUUCAUGUGACUUAUUGACCUCGCCAAGACUAGAAAUUACGCUGCCCGGAAAUUUCUCUCUCAAUAAAACCAUAUUCGCUUGUGUUGUGUGGCAUGUGGCACCAUCUUGUUGAAACUACGUAUAAUCCAGGUCGUGUUGUCAUAUGGCUAUUACCCUCCGAAUUGACAGUGACAGUUUCACUGUUGUUGUUUUCAGGGAAUUACACACAGGUUUUGUAAUGAGGUAAUGAAGAUUCUCCGAGCCCUUCAAAACAAAAAAGCAACAUUUAUAACCGUUACUUUCACUCGUGUUUAACUGUCCCUUGUUAACAUUUUAAACAGCCUUGCCGUAUAUUUGGGUGAUAAGAGUUGGGGAUUGCAAAAUGUAAUCUGAUUGAAAGAUGGAGAAGAUUAAGCUAAUUAUUUUAAUAUAUGUAUGUAUGUAUUGUCACUCUACAAGAACAAAGCGCAGAUAUUUCAAAACCAGUUGGGUUAUUGUGAGCCAUUUACUGUUGAAUUUAUAGCGGGACUUGUUUCAAAAGAGGCACGUCAAAUACUCGAUCCAGGAUCACGUCCAAGACAAAAGCAAUUGCGAUACGAUCUGUUUACACGCCGCAAUCCAUACAAACGACAAUUACUGUUAACUGGCGAUCGCAACCGGCUGUUGGCCUCGAACUUUAAUGCCAGUUGGCCAGUCAGAUUAUCCAUCCACGGCUGGAAUGGCCAGACAACAACCUGCUCGAAUGCCGCCAUCAAAGAUGCCUACCUCGCCCGCUCUGACUACAACGUAAUUCUUGUUGACUGGUCUGAUUACUCCUUAGAUAUCAAUUAUUUUCGCGUUGUCACGGAAAUUUACGAAAUCGCACACCAGCUCACCAACUUCACACGUUUCCUGCACAACCACACCGGCACCAGCUUUAAGGACAUGUAUUUGAUUGGGCACAGCGCUGGUUGUCAUAUCGCAGGCAUGGCCGGCAAGCUGCUGCAUCCGUAUAAAUAUGGUGUGAUUUUCGCUUUGGACUCCUCUGGGCCUGUGCAUCGUUCAUUGGAUGCGAAGUGGCGUCUCGCGCCAACCGAUGCCUAUUAUGUGGAAUCCAUACAAAGUGAUGUGGCGCUGUUUGGCUUCCCCGCUGAUAAUCUGGCCCACGCCUCGUUUUAUCCCAAUUGGGGCUUGGGUCAACCGCAUUGUCCUAAUGUGACCACAAUGGAACCGGACUUCACAUGUGAUCAUUUCGGUGCAUUGUAUUAUUUUGUGGAGUCUUUGCAGAACCCAAGAGCUUUCGGUGCAGUAAAAUGUAAAAACUAUGAGAGCAUCGAGAAUUAUAAAUGCGGCUGCGGUGCACGGCAGUGUAAAGCGAGUGACUAUAUGGGCGGAGAUCCGGCUGUGCCGAAAAAAGGAGUCUUCUACUUUAGCACUCGCGCGACUAUGCCCUUUGGAUAUGGUGAUAUUUGUAGAAUGAAGCGACCAAUUAAGUCGACGAUAACGCGUAUAUAAUAGAUUUUAAGGCGUUGGGCAGGACAAUAUUUUGAAUUAAAUAAGUAAAAAUUAAAAUAUUAAAAAAUUAAAUAAAA